AGUUGGCCCUCCUCCGCACCCGCUCAUCUCACCGCCGGCCGUGCCUUGCAACGGGGUGACGAGUUAGAAGCUAAUCACGACGGCAGCCAGAGCGGCCGUGUCGAAGACGCAGGCAGCGACGACGAUCGGGACGACGUCGCUUGCUCGUUUCCUUCUCUCCACCACAACGAAUCCCAUCCUCACCUCUCACUGGAACACCACGAGACUGCAAGUCACACAAGCUCAGCCCACGCUACAUCGAUCGACUUCCCCCUUCCUCCUCACCACACCAAUCACAUCAAGACCACGCUUGCUUCCCCUGCGCACAUUGAUGCCAUCCGCCCCCUUCACAUCGACGAGACUCAAUUCAUCCACCGCGAGCAACAGCAACCCUCGCCAAGCUCACUCGCAGCGACAUCGCCCACCAAAGCGCACUCACUCUCUCGUCAGCACAAGUAGCGACACCAACAAUCGACCCAGCAGCCCUCGUCCGAGCCCUUAUCAGGCGACCCUUGCACGUCACACGCGCGGCUGGUCAUCGACUCCGAAUUACGAACCCAGCAGCAGCAGCAGCAGCUCCACGUACCGACGCGACGUCGAUUCUGACGUCGAAAUGGCCGCCGGAGGUGGCACUGACAGCUGGAGGAGCGGCGGCGAAGGGCUAGGACCAGCGACUCCUGCCUUCCCCUCGAGCAAUGGCAGCUACACCAAUGAGCGAGCACCUGCCAACGGAUUCAACAAUGGCAGCAACAAGACAUCCGCCAGCAGGAAGCAGCGUGGCGGCGGCGGCGGCGGCUACGGCGGCCCCUCCUCUGCCGGGCCUAGCAACAGUGGACGAGGAGCAGCAACUGCUCCUGGCAAGGGAAGGAAAGGAAAGGGAGGCAAAAAGGGCGGCGCCGCUCCUGAAUCAGCCAACAUCCUCCCCGGACCAGCUCACACGAUGAGCUACUUGACCAACGCCUACCACCGCGAGACGAUGCAAAAGGUGGAGCAGAAGUACCUCGACAACCCCAAGAAUCCCCUCACAGUCUACGUUCAAGGCCUCACAGGCGAGAUGCCCCGCUUCAUUACGACGCAAGGCUUCAUCGAGAACGAGCCUCGCGAGCUCAUGCACCGUGCUACCGUUUGGGCAGACCAAGAGCUUGGCAUCCGAGGCUACGGUGAUGCUCGAUCGGUCAAGGAGGCCGAAAAGGCUGCCGCGUUUGACGCUGCUAUGCUACUUGCUGAGAAGGGAUUGCUUGGCACCGCGGGAAAGCCACCCUCCUCUGUCGCAGGGGGAUCAUCCGAUCAGAUCGGAGAGUAUGAAGCGACACUGUCCACUGGAGCAAAGCUCACGUCUGAGCGCGCUCGCGAGUUCAUGGAGUUCUACUGCCAGGAGUUUGGCUUCGGCAAGCCAGUCAUCGACCUCGUCCAGAAUUAUUCCAAGGCCACUAAGAAGUCGGCAGCCAAGCCCAUCAAUGGUUGGAAGGCGCAGAUGGUUGUGGGUGGCACUCCCGUUGGAGAGGGCGCAGGAGCCAGUAAGAAGUCCGCGACCACGCACUGCUACUUGGACACCGUUUGUCACAUCGAGAGCCACGACGCCGAGCUCUACGCCCGCUUCGAGCGCUCUUGGCAGGCUGGAUCGGCCGGUCCCGCCAACACGCCCUUCGUCUACUUCCGCAUCACUGAAGAGCUCAACGACGAGAUUCGUGAAGUAGCCAACACGACCACUUCCUCGCUCCUCUACUCCAAGCGUCCCAAGCCAGCCGGCCGCCUCCUCCCCGGCGACAAGGCUUCCGACGACUCUGGAGCAGUCAAGCCGACGCGCCAGUACAAUCGCCCCUUCUGGAUGCCCUCCGAGUCCACCCUUCAAGCAAAGAGCGAAGAGCUCUCUGAGCGUCUCCAAGACUAUCACGCCUCGUCUACACUCGAGACGAUGCGCAGCACGCGUAACCAGCUGCCCGUCUACCAGAAGCGCAGCGACAUCCUCGUGAAAGUCGCCCUCAACCAAGUUAUGAUCUGCAUGGCUGCCACUGGGUCCGGAAAAUCGACGCAAGUCCCGCAGAUUCUCCUCGACGAUGCCAUCUCAGAGAACCAGGGCGCCUACUGCAACGUCAUCUGCACACAGCCUCGUCGUAUUGCCGCCAUCUCCCUCGCUCAGCGUGUUGCGGCUGAGCGUGGCGAGCAGGUGGGGCAGAGCGUCGGCUACCAGGUACGAUUCGAGAGUGCCUUCCCUGAGCCGAAUGGUAGCAUUACGUACUGCACCACGGGAGUCUUCAUGCGUCGUCUUCAGAAUGCCCUGGGAGAUGGUACCGACACGACGUGGCUGGACACCGUCUCGCACGUCGUGCUGGACGAGGUGCAUGAGCGCGAUGUCCAGACGGAUCUCCUGUUGGUCGUCCUCAAGAAGGUCCUCGACCAGCGUCGUGAGGCGGGCAAGGCGGACAUCAAGGUCAUUUUGAUGUCGGCCACCGUCGACCCCAAGCUCUUCCAAUCCUACUUCCCAGACCAAGACGGCCGUCCAGCCCCCGUCGUUGAGAUCCCAGGCCGAGCAUUCCCGGUCACCAAGCGCUUCAUGGAGGAGACGAUCCCUCGUCUUCGUCGCACCGUCACACAGCCACAAAUGGGCGGGUGGGUAUGGCAGCAAGACAAUGUCCGCAAGUAUCUCGAUCGCGAGCUCAACCAGGCAGGCGGCCUGACGCAAAAGCAAGAUGGAGAAGACGCCAUCGACGAUCUUGAGAUUCCCUACCCACUCGUAUCGCUCUACAUCGCCGAUGCCCUCACCCGCGGCGAGGACGGACACGUCCUCGUCUUCAUGCCUGGCUGGGACGAGAUCAAGAUCGUCAACAAGCACCUCGUCGAGCCCAGCCAAUUCCCGCUUCUCGGCAUCGACUUUACCAAUCGCGACAAGUACGAGAUCCACAUCCUCCACUCUUCCAUUCCCGUCGCAGACCAGCAGGCCGUCUUCACGCCCCCGCCGCACAAGGGCAUCCGCCGCAUUAUCCUCUCGACCAAUAUCGCAGAGACAUCCGUCACCAUUCCCGAUGUCACGGUGGUCAUCGAUACCGGCAGAGUAAAGGAGAUGCGCUACGAUCCUAGCAAGCACCUUUCUAGCCUCGUGAGCGCGUGGGUAGGCACUUCCAAUCUCAACCAGCGUGCAGGUCGUGCUGGUCGUCAUCGGCCCGGAGAGUACUUUGGCGUCCUUUCUGAGGCGCGAUACAAUAAACUGGCAGUCAAUCAGACAGUCGAGAUGCAACGCACCGACCUCACAGACGUCGUGCUACGCAUCAAGGCGCUCGACAUGCCAGGUAUGGAGCCAGAGGACGUCCUCAGGGCAGCCAUCGAACCUCCUUCCCCCGAGCGCGUCUCUGCUGCUAUGCACCAGCUCUACACCAUCGGCGCCAUCGAUGCAAAGAAGAAUCUUACCUCGCUGGGAGCCGUCCUGCUGCAGCUUCCCGUCGACGCCGCAAUGGGUAAGAUGGUCCUCUACGGCCUCUUCUUCCGCUGCCUCGAGCCUGCGGUCACUCUGGCUGCCAUCUUGUCUACGCGCGAUCCCUUCAUGGCUCCCAUCGAGGUCAAGCAGCAGGCUGCUGCAAUCAAAGAAUCCUGGUCCCCCCAGGACUACCGCAGCGAUCCCUUGGCCGUGCUGCGCGCUUAUCAGACCUGGGUUCAGAAGCAGGACCGCGGAGAGUACCAGUCUGCCAACCGCUUCGCCCACGAGAAUUUCCUGAGCAAGCCCACACUGCAGCAGAUCCAAAAGGUGGCGGGCCACAUCGUCCAGUCGAUGCGCGACCUGAUUCAAACCAUCAUCGGCUACACGCCUGGUGCCGAGCAGGAAGCCGACGACUCCUACUACGGGCGCGGGCGACGCUCCCGCCUUCCCGACUCGGCUGCCUCAGCACCAGAGCUCAACGUCAACUCCAAAUCCACGCCUCUGCUCGCUGCGCUCAUCGCAAUGGCCUCGGUCCCCAACUUCGCUGUGCGCAAGAGCGAGAAGAUCUACAUGACUUCGCAAGACAAGCAGUGCUUUAUCCAUGGAUCCUCUGUGUGCCACCUCAAGCAUACCAAGGGCAAGGAGGACGAGCUCAGCAUCUCCGCCCCGGGCGAGAAGGAGCUGUACACCUUUGCGGACAAGACGCGCAACGUCUCCGUCAUUGACAAUAAGGGCGGCAAGGGAGGAGGAGGGGACCCGGCGACGAACCUGAAGUCGGUCUCGCGUCUCGACCCGCUCACCUACAUCCUUUUCGGUGCAGGUGAGGUGCGCAGCAUGACCCAGGGCGUCAAGUGCGACGACUGGCUGCCCAUCAAGGGGCACUGGCAGGUACUUGACGACGUAGAGCGCCUCAAGUCGGUCAUGGAGGCGAGCAUGCUGCGCGUCUUCGAGGGACUGGUCGACUCGGGACGUCGUGGCCCUUCGCAAAUCGAGCGGGGAUCGAACAACGAAAGCGCUGGAGCAAAGCCCGCCAGCUCGGCUGCUCGCGACACGGCAGACUGGGAUGCCUACGAUGAUGAUGAGGCCGCAGCGGCAGUGGCUCACAAUGAGGACCAGCCGGACAAUAGCUCUCCCAACGCAGCGUUUGGUGAUCGAUCUGAUCUCACACUCAGCGAGCGGGAGGUGGCCGAGUUCGAGACCCUCACUCGUGGUAUCGUCUCGGUGCUCGAUCAUUUCGCCGCAGACAGGAAGGCCACCGCCGCUAUGCAUGGCAGUGGAGCUGCUUCGCUCAACGCGAGCGCCAAUGUGAGCCGAGCAGGCACUAGGCCCGCAUCGCCACUUGCUGGAUUCGCGGGUGGGUCGCCCAUGAUGGCCAGUGGCAGUGGGAGGGGAUACGGGACGCAAGCUGGGGGCGGCUACGGUGGUGGAUACGGAGGUGGGCAUGGGGGUGGCGGUGGCGGGUACGGCGGUGGUGGGUACAGCGGCGGAUAUGGCGCUGGGCCAAGCUACCAAUCCAGCGGCAGUGGCUUCGGCGGCGGGAGUGUGCCGACGGGGCCGCGGAGUAUGAUCAGCGGGGGAGGUGCCGGCGGCGGCGGCGGCUACCAGCAGCAACAGCAUACCCAGCAGCAACAGCAGUACAGCAACGGCCACAGCAACGGCUUCACCAAUGGCCACCCCGCUUCUCGUCAGCAGCCCCAGCAGUCCUCGUUCCAGCCUCGCAUGCAGAGCUCAUCGGCUUGGGAUUAG